UAAAAUAGGAAACUACAAAAUAGUAUGACUUAUUUUUCAUGCUUUUACUAAAAGCACUCUACUGAAAGGACUCUACAUUGUACAUCUCCUCUUGUUGUGAUUUUUGUAGGAAAAAGGAAAUAGAUGAGUUAUUGAUGUCAAUGAUUGAAGCAAGAGAAGAAAGCAAUAAAGAUGAUCAGGCUGCAAAUGGGACACUUGACGACAAGAAGGAAAUUGAGGAGGAAGAUUUAGAGGAUGAUGAUAAACCUCCUCCAAAAAAGGCCAAAAAAGACAAAAAGACAGAACCAAAACCUGCCAAGAAUAAGAGUGAUGACGAUGACGAUGAUGAUGCAGAAGUUGCUAGAAAACUACAGGAAAGUGAGAAGGGAUUGAGGAAAAGAAAACAGCCAGCAAAAAGAACACCUAAAUCUACACCCAAGAAAACAACUGGAGAAAAAAGCAGAACAGGUUUUGGAAAAAUGAUGGUUUUAUCUCCAGAUCUUGCAAAGAUUGUUGGUGCAGAUCAGAUGGCUCGCUCAGACGUUGUCAAGAAAAUGUGGCAAAUAAUCAAAGAAAGAAAUUUGACAGAUCCUAAAGACAAAAGAUUCCAUAUAUGUGAUGAUGAACUGCUCAAAGUAUUCGGGAAAAAGAGAGUUCAAACUUUCUCGAUGAUGAAAUACCUCAAACAGCACGUCAAAGACCCAUCUUUGAUUACUUAAUUUUAUUUUUGACUGAGACGUACCAUUCUAAGUGGAAGGUCAUUUUCUGUAAGCAUUGUGAUGCUGUCACAAAGGAACCAUUUGUAGAUAGAGACAGUAGUAAAUUAAUGUAUAGUGAUAGAGUCGUCUUUACACUUUAGUUCCUGUUGUCGAGAAGUCACUUUUAAUUUUAAUUUGUACAUCAGACUUUUUAACAAUUUAUGGAUUAUGAAUUUAAAAAUUUUCGAACAUCGAAUGUAUGUAAUAUUUCUCCUUAAAAGAUGUCACUCAUCGAAUUCUCAACACCAGGAACAUCUAGUAAGAGAGAUAGUAAAGGAGUAUGUUUUAUACGAGUAAGCCAAGUGCAAACGCAAAUGCGAUUUUCAAAAGACUACAUAAAUGUUUGUGUCUUGCACUUGCACUUACUCAUUGAAAAUGCAAGCGAAAGCCAUCGCAAGAAGAUGAUCGUUAUUUGUUUAACGUUAUGUUCUUUAACGGGAAGAAAGCUGACAUGGGAAAGUCGUGUUUCUUCCCUAGUCAUGACAUAUCGGCGCCAUUUUAAAUGUCCUUUAUGUUCACUAAAUCACAAUCAACCGCUGUACCUUGCGAGCCGAAGCGCCAUUUUAGAUAGACAUUCGUAGGAUUUCUUAAAGUGAGCGCGAAUCCUCUUCCAUCCUUUCAGUUUGAGCAGAAAUACCUUUAGCUAAGUACCUCACAGGUACUAUCAAUCUAUAAUCUAUUGUAUGCUUGACGCAUUUAAACGUAUGUAAAUAAUAACACGAGCGCGCGCUGUAUUGUGGUUGGUUGGGACUCUUUAAAUACGGCUCGGAUGGAGUUUGAAUGUUGAUGAAAAAAUCGUGCUUUCAGUAGAUAUGACUUCCCGUGAUAGUGUAUUUGCAUUGGUAGUAGACGCUGUUGUCGACACCAGUUAGCUCUGGGUUUGAAGUAAUAUUAGGACCAAAACCAUAAUAACAUUAUCCAAUCAAUUUAUAAAGGUUAAAACAAACUUAUAAAAGUCUAUUUUGAUAAUGUGGAUUAGCAUAAAUAUGAGCUCAGAUGUAUCGACAUUUUUUGCAAUUUUUAAUCAACCAAAUCGUCACCUGAUUGAAAGUAAUACCGAUCAGUUUUAGUUUUCAGUACAAAAUAGGCAUUGAUGAUAAGAGGAUAGAGGGAAGUCACGAUUUUUGUAUACGUCUUUGCAGUUCGCUGUUUUUCUUGUUUAUGAACACAACGUUGUCUGUACUAAAGCGAUUUUUCUUCGAGUGAAACGAAAAUGACAUUUUUUUUCGCUAGGGGCAGAUCCAGGAUUUUCCUCGAUGCAGGGCAUUCGAAGAGGUUGAACAAAAGUGAUCACAGAAAGCAAAAAAUAUAGGGGGGAGAAGUAUAGUAGGAAAGGGUACAAGUCAGUAGAGGGUGCGCACUCCUUGCACCCACGUGCUGGAUUCACCCGUGUCGUCUGUUGUUAUUCACAGGUUUAAUGAGUUUGCUUCCUAGACGAUUGAUAUUCAUAAAGCCGUGAAAUAGCACGAGGGCAUCCAACAUUACAAUAAUUACAUUUCAUCGUUUUUCAAUUCCAUUGUUUUAUUUUGUAGGUUUUUGACUAGUAUUCUUAGGCUGUUAAGGCUGAUUUACACGGCACGAUUGUCUCGUGCGACUUGUAGUAUACGACUUGAAUCGCGUAGUGUAAAUGCCCCUACGACUUGUCUACAACAGUCGUACGCAACCUACGACUUGUAGUAGGGUUUUGAGCCACUGCUUAAAAUCCUACGACUUGUAGUAGGAAAAUCGUAURCUACAAGUCGYRCGCGACARAUCGUACCGUGUAAAUCAGCCUUUAGUGAUUUUGCUUCACGGUUUUGAUUGACAGUACCUCUCCGCGGCAGGCACUAUUACGUCACGUGGUCGACUGUCCACCAAUGAGGGAAGGGGAAAAUUUGCUGAAUUAUCAUGUGUGAUAGUCAAAUAUAGUAGUUAUACUGUUUUGCUUUGUGUUUUCAAUCGGGUUAUCGCACUUUAGUAUCCUUCGUUCUGAUUGGCUACGCUAAUCGGGGUCUAUUUUCAAUAGUCCUCGACUAGCGAAAAACGACUCAACUUUUUGCGUAUUUUUGGCAAUAAAAACACAUAUAUUUCAUUCAUUUUUUGUCCAACUAGUAUGGUAAUACUAAAACAGUUAGAUCUCUCGGCUUUCGUUUGACGGGUUUAUGAAAACAACUCCAAUCUUUAUCAUUUUAGUGAUGAAUAACACUUUAGUUAAUAGAGAGAAGCCAAAAAAACCCGAGAAAUAGAUAUUGUAAAAAGACACCUCAGUACGCUUCUAAAUGUAUUGUUUUCUUUUAUGUCUAUUUGACUAUCACACUUUAAUGGUGAACUUUUGUUUCACGGAUUUAAAGACUUCACUCUUUGUUUCCUGUGUUCCUACGUAGUUUAUGCUAGUAGAGGCUAGUAGAUGCUAGUAGAGGCUAGUAGAGGCUAGUAGAGGCUAGUAGAGGCUAGUAAUAACAUUUUACGAAUAAUAGUUGUCAUGUUCAGAUACUAAAAAUGAAAAUAAAAUUAACAGGCAAA